CUCUACUUGCUUCACCCUUCCCCCUCCCUCCCCUCUCCCCUCCGGUCAAUUGGACCUCCCUUCUCUUAUUCCCGCAUUCAUUGACCUCAUCUUACCUACUUCUCCUCCUCUGGUCCUCUUUCAUCCCCUUGUCUCAUUGUCUAGCACAAAUACACACCAAGAUGGCUCAACGAAUACCGAACCACCUGGUCUCUAACUCGCUCCUUCCCUACCUCUCUUCCUCCCCCUCCACCUCUCUCUUCAGACUCACUACCGCAUACACAUCUUCUUCCCUCACAGAUGCCUCGCGGCCGGCUUCUCGCUCCUUUUCUACCACAAGACCUUCACAAACCAAGCUUCGCAGAGAGAUGAUCAGAUGGCUUCGCGGGAAAGGGUCCGAACUACAACAUCACACUCCUGGUGAAACCAACUACAUCACACAUACUAACAAGCCUUUUCCCGGAAACCCUCUCUAUCGCAGCGACCCUAUACUGAGCGAGGACAUGCGCAACGAGAUUCAUCGUCAGGUGACCGUUCAGAACAAGAGCGUGCGGGCUGUGAGUGUCCAGUAUAGCGUGGAUAUGAGGAGAGUAGCCGCGGUAGUUCGACUGGUCGAGUUGGAGAAUCAGAUGAAAGAACAAGGCAAAUCCCUUGCACUCCCCUACGCGCGUGCCAUUCAUGAAAUGGUUCCUGUCACCCACCUCCCGGAACCCGAUGACAGACGAAAGUCCCACGAGACCAUUAAUGACCUGCCGGUUCACCGCCUAACCGACCCUCAAAUCUUCUACCCUGUCUCCGAGUCUCGGCAAUUCAACCGGAUUGACGCUGGCCGCGUGUUCUCUGCUGCCCCUGCUAUGAGAAACCAGCACGCUAAAUUGCUUGAAGCCAACCCCGACGAGACUAUCCGCAGGAUCACUCAGGAGAGUCCUGCCAAUAUUGAGAAGGUCGGCAAGGGUGACGAAGAGCACCAGGUCCUUUUGCCCGCGGACGCUCGUAUCCCUCACCCUCACAUGAUCACUCAUGAGCGCAAUCGCUUGACCAUUGGUAAAACUGAGCCCGCCGAGGUCCGUCAGAAGUACCGGGAGCGUCUCGAACAGGAGACCCAGGUAGAGCUACAGCGCAAGGAACGAGCCCAGCAGCUCCGGGAGAUGAAAACCCAGAAGGUCCAGCCCGAGAACUCCCGGUUCGAGUUCCGCUUCACGGAUGUGGUCGUCAGCCGGGAAAGCACAGGCCUCACUGGCCGGGGUCACAAGGCUCCUGGUCGCCGCUAUGGUGUUCCCAGCUCUGAUCGGAAGAAGGGCCAGGUCAAGAUCCCCACUCGCGUGAAGGUCUAAACCCCCUUCUCGAUCCUUCUCUCUCUCCCUCUCUCUUUUCUACUUUUUGCGACGUUCUCCUCACCUCAGUGAGGUCUUCGAGAACGAACAUUGUAUGGAUGUUAUCGGUAUGCCAAUGAUGGGUUUGGUUUGUUUCCCCCCCCCCCCCCCC